UUUUCUCUGGAGCCAUCGCUUGGAGUGCACCAGAGCGCGCGCGCGAGCAGCAUGGCGAGCUAUGCACAGGCGGCACCAUCAGAUUCAGGGGUGGACGCGUUAAGCCUAGCCAAAAUGAUCGUAUCGUCAGCCGGAAACGCCACGACACACCGCAAGAACUGCGAGCAACUAGCGGAGCACGUGAGGCUGAUAGGGAACCUGUUGGAGAAGCUGAGAUCGACGGACCUGAUGAACUUGCCGGACACGAAGGAGCCGUUGGAUGGUUUAGAAGAGGCGCUGAGGGAAGCGCUUGAGCUGGUGGAGAGCUGCAAAGAGAAGAGCUGUCUGUACAUGCUUGCCAAGGGGUGGAACGCGGUGUAUCAGUUCCGCCAACUCCAGACUGAGAUCGAUCGUCAUCUUCGUCUCGUGCCGUUGAUUUCAUUGGCACACAAGUUCCGGAUGCAGGAAGGAUUAAUAUUACAGGAGAUUGAAGAGGAUGAAAGGGAAUACACCCUUGAAGAAGAGGAUAUGGAGACUCAAGACGUUAUACUCAAACCUGAUCGGACGAAUAAAGAUUUGGAGAUCUUGGAGAAAUCGCUCUCUCGUGUGUAUCCUAACUUGGAAUUACAUGAAGCCCUCCAAGAGGAGAAAGGCAAAUUAAACUUUGAAUUGCUCCGGUCACGAACAAAUAAUGACACCGAUCAAUGCCGGUUGAUCGAACAUCUUAUCGAUGUAACGGAAAAUGUUGUAAAUGUGCUUCCUGGUAAGAAGAUUAGGAAACUUCUUGUCAAUGAACCGACUUAUGUGAUAUCUGGGUACAUCUCCAAUGUAAAAGCCAGUUAUGAGGAGUACCCCGGGUUAAAGCCAGGAGAUCAAAAUCAAUCACUAUCACAAUGGCAGGCUGACCUUUUUUAUUGUUGCAAAGAUCCUUGUUUGAGCUUGAAGACCUGCGUGUAUCCUUGCGGAACAUUUUCACGAAUAGCUAACCUGUUGUCAAAAAGACAAAUAUCUCGUGAAAGCGCAAUCAAUGAUCUAGUUGCAUACUCCCUCUGCUGUGGUUGUUGCUGCUACACUGGUUGCGUGAGAACCAAACUGCGGGAACAUUAUAACAUAGAGGGAAGUUCAAUAGAUGACUUCUUAACUCAUCUCAUGUGUUGCUGCUGCGCGCUGGUUCAAGAGUGGCGUGAGCUCGAAAUCAGGGGUUUUGAUGGUUGCCAAGGAAGAAAGAUGAUUCCUCCACCAUAUCAAUUCAUGAAGCCUUGAAUCCCAUGUAAAUUCAACUUGUGUACCAGAUGCAGGAAUGCAAAUACAGCCAUAUGCAUAGAGGGUGUAAUAUCUGUAAAGGAUCUAGGAAAAGGUAGUUUAAAAGACAUGCGUCGACUCAUCGGGGCUAUAUGAAAAUGGCAAGGCAAAAUACAAAUGUCAUUGCUGGAGCUUAUACCGUGACGGUACUCGUUACAUGAAUAUGCUGAUGUAUAAUCAAAUGGAGAUUGAAGAUGAUCGAGUGAGAUGAACCCUUAUUGGAGAUGGGAUAUUAAUAGUGUCUAUGACACAUCUUGGUUUUACUUGAAAGCAAACCCUCUCAAAU